CUCAAUUUUCUAUUAUACCUAUAUUAACCAAUAUGUUUUUAUAGCUUGAAUUUUCUUAAUUAAGCUCAUCCAGCUUUCCAGACUCCGGCAACAGUGCUCGAUAAGAAAAAUAUAACCGAAGUUACGAAGUAACUAACGGAGCUUUAUAUUCUUAUUUUGAUAGCUGACGAUUGUCGUGCUAUUGCGCAAGAUCGAAAUGAGAAAGAUCAUGGAUCACAACGAAGCAGCAAAAUGAGAUAACUAAAAAUUCCCUAUUCUGCUUUAGUUCCUUCCUUUUUUCCUCUAUAUCAAGAACAAAACAAGAUUCACUGGAUGUGCCAUAACCACAAACACUCGUACAAGUUCGAAAGUGUGUUCAAAAGCUUGAUAGUGCUUAUCACAAAAAAUGUGGGCGUGUUUUUGUUGUGGAUUCGCCAAAUGCGCAUUUUCAUUUUGCGUUGGCCGCUUCUGAUUGGCCAAUUGUACAUUUUCCGACGUUGCUUGUCAAACUUGAAGGGUUUUGUUUUGGUAAUGAUGUAUCGGGGCCUGGGGUGAAUUAAUUGAAUUUUCUGCCUUAAAAUAGAGUAUUAUAGACGGCCUGUGUUUGUAAAUGUUAAAUAAAUUACCCAGUGAAUAUUAUUAGGUUAUGCCUUACAGGAUGAAACUGCUAGGGAGUAUUUUAAUAGCACUGUUUUUGUUAAAAACGAUGUGCAAUGUAGAUGCCAAGAAAAAGAAAACAAAAUCCGUCACCACACUCUUAGAAGCAAAAUGGGGCGCCACCCCUUUAGUGUUAGAAACUGCCGAAUAUCUAGCUGAUGAGAAUCCGAAUUUUUUCUGGGAUUUUGUUAGUUCCAUCAGUUCCUUGAAUCCGCCUCUAAAAACGAUAGAUAAUGAUAAAAGCCAAUAUGAAACAAUCCUAAGCCAUGCCUCAAGACUGCUCACACCUCUGCAGCUAUCUGUGUUAAAGCUGGGGCUUUCCCUACACAUAUAUUCACCUAAGGUUCAAAUGUUCAAGCAAAUUGCAGAAGAAAGAAACUUACCACAAUGCUCUUGUGCAGCUGACGUUUCUGGAAAGUUAACAUGUGAUUUAGAAGAGUUGGAUAGGUUGAUUGAAAAGCCUCAAGAAGAUAAAAAACAGAUGGAUCUGUAUCAAGUUGACAAUCACUACCCAGGUUCAGCAAAUAGAUCUUUAGCUGUAGUAUUAUAUGGAGAACUUGGCACAGAUGAAUUUGCAAAAUUCCAUAUUCUACUAAGAACUAAAGCUAUUGAGGGAAAAAUUGAUUAUGUUAUUCGACAUUAUGUUCAGGAUGAAAGUAAAAAGAAAUUGAGACUUUCUGGGUAUGGAGUAGAACUUCAGAUGAAGUCAACUGAAUACAAAUCCCAAGAUGAUACUGAAGUGCACCAAGAACAGAACUCUGAUGAAAGCUCACAAGAAGAAGAAGAGAUGGAGCUGGAAGGAUUUGAUUUUGCAAAACUGAAGAAAAUAUUUCCUGAUCAGAAGAAAAACCUAGACAGAUUCAGACAGUUUUUGGAAGAAAGUUCAAAUGAAUUGGCACCUCUGAAAGUUUGGCAGUUUCAAGAACUUAGUUUGCAAGCAGCUGAAAGAAUCAUGACAGCUCCUAAAGAAGAAACCCUGAAAAUUAUGACUAACAUUGCACAAAAUUUCCCUAUUCAGGCAAAGGGAUUGGUGAAGACUGUGGUGAAAUCAGAAUUGAAGAAUGAAAUGAAAUUUAACUCAGAAAUAUUCGCCAGUAACCUGAACGUACAACCUUCUGAUACUGCUCUCUUUAUUAAUGGCAUGUUCUAUGAGAUUGACAUGAUUGAUAUAUAUGGCAUUUUGGAUGUACUCAGGCAAGAAUUGAGAAUUAUGGAAGGAUUGCAUAAGAUAGGUAUUGGCAGCAAAAGAAUGUCAAAGUUACUCGCGCUAGAUUUUUCCGACGACAGAACGCAAGAAUUCGCUAUUGACAUUCGAGAUUCAGCUAUAAGCUGGAUAAACGAUAUUGAACACGAAUCUAAAUACAGCAGAUGGUCCAGCAGUUUGAUGGAAUUGCUUCGACCAACUUUUCCUGGGAUGAUUAGGCAAAUUAGGAGAAACUUGUACAAUUUGGUACUCGUGAUAGACCCUCUGGACCCCUCGGCAGCUCCUGUACUGAAACUGAUCGAAUCGUUCGUGAUCCAUUCGGCACCAAUCAGAGUCGGAAUCGUCUUCAACGUGACCGACUCUCGAUCUGUCAGUGGUUUGGACGAUCCAGGCGUUGCCAUGCAAUGUGCCUUUAACUAUGCCACUCAAGCCAAGGAUGGCAAGUCUGCAUUGUCGUUGGUGAGGACUAUCUUAAGGAAGGCUGAGGGUAGGAAAGUUACAGUGAAAGAUGUCAAGGAGGCUAUUAGGGACGAAUUUGGAGAGGAUCCUAAUGAUAUUUUAGGUGAAGAUUCUGACUACGAUUUUGGCCGCCAACUAGCCGCAGACUUUAUAGACCGCACCGGCCUCAAAGCUUUCCCUCAAGCUUUGAUGAACGGCAUUCCUCUACCUCAAAGCCAGAUCAACGUUGAAGAUUUUGAAGAAGCCGUUCUCCAGGAGGUUAUGGCGCAAACGCCACUAUUCCAGAAAAGCGUUUAUAGAGGGAAGUUACAAGAUAGUGAUGACGUCAUGGAGUUUCUCAUGAAUCAGCCCAAUGUUAUGCCCAGGUUGAACGAGAGGAUUCUGAAUAAGGAGAAGUCAUUUUAUUUGGAUAUGACAGGAACAUCCUCAACAGUAUUGAGUAAAAAAGAGCUAAUGCAAUUGAGUCCGAGAGAUAUGACAGCAACAGCCGUAGAAAAUAUACGAUAUUUCAGCUUGCCAAAGAAAGGUGUCUCAUGGCACUCGAUGACGUAUUGGAUCGUUGGAAAUUUGGGAUGCAGAAAGUCUAGGAAACUGUUGCUAGACGCCUUGGAACAUUUGAAGUCUGAGAGUGAUGUACGAGUUAGUUUCAUUCCGAAUGUUAACAGUGGCCAAAGUGACUUGAAUAAAAUAGUUUUGGCGGCACAGCAAGAACUACCACCAGAUAAAGCUGUUAAUUUUAUAAUAUCACUUUUGAAAGACAAUUCAGCAGCUGAAAAGUUGGAAACUGGAGAAAAGCUAGACCUUCCGAAUGAAGUGUCCUCAAAACUUGAAGAGCAAACGCUCAACCUUCAAAUGCUAAGGGUGUAUUGUCAAAGGGUUUUACAACUUAAAGAAAGUGAAAGGGCUGUGAUAGCAAAUGGUAGAGUUUUAGGACCUUUAGAAGAAGACGAAAUGUUCACUACUGAAGACUUUGGUCUGCUGGAAAGGUUCAGUGAUACUUUGUAUCUUGAGAAGAUCAGAGUUGUUCUUUCUAAUACUUCAGAUGAUGAAGAUGAAGUUUUUUCAGAUAUUUCCAGCAACGACUUAGUAAAAAUCGUCUCCCUCUUGGUAUCUCGACCUCAAACCAAAUCCCGUUUCGAGAUACCUUUUGCCGGCGAUUCCCAUUCUGUGAUAAAACUUCCUGCUUCAAAGCCGGACGAAGUAGCGUUUGAUAUAGUGGCGAUUGUGGAUCCCGUAUCGAGAGGUGCUCAAAAAGUAGGGCCUAUUCUACAAGUGUUGCAGGAAGUGUUGAAUUGUAACAUUAGAGUGUUUUUGAACAGCGUGGAGAAAAACAGUGAUAUGCCUGUUAAAAGCUUUUACAGGUUUGUAAUAGAACCGGAAAUUCAAUUUUCUGGAGAUGGAAAACAACUAUCUGGACCAGUAGCAAAAUUCAGCAAUAUGCCUUCUUCCCCAUUGUUGACACAAAAUUAUCACGUACCUGAAAAUUGGUUGGUUGAAGUUGUCAGAUCUGUCUAUGAUUUGGAUAAUAUCAGGCUUGAAAAUGUUGAAAGCAACGUCCACAGUGAAUAUGAGCUAGAAUACCUGUUGGUAGAAGGCCACUGUUUCGAACAAAAUACUGGGAGUCCGCCAAGAGGUCUGCAAAUAACUCUAGGUACAGAAAGCCAACCUGUUAUGGUGGACACCAUUGUUAUGGCGAACUUGGGCUACUUCCAACUGAAGGCGAAUCCUGGUGCGUGGCUGCUAAAACUAAGGCAGGGGAGGAGUGCUGAUAUUUAUGACAUCGUGAGUCACGAGGGUACUGAUACACCUUCAAACUCGACUGAUAUCAAAGUACUUAUAAGUUCCUUCAGAUCUCAUAUAGUCAAAUUAAGAGUACAAAAGAAACCAGAUAGAAUGAAUGUGGAUCUAUUAGCGGAUGAUGAUGAUAAUUCUGGAAUCUGGAAUUCUAUAACUAGCUCGUUUACAAGCAACGAAGAUAAGCCAGAAGAAAAAUUGAACAUUUUUUCUGUUGCAUCAGGCCAUCUUUAUGAGAGAUUCCUUAAAAUAAUGAUGUUAUCUGUUCUGAAGCAUACCAAGACACCAGUGAAAUUUUGGUUCCUAAAAAACUAUCUAUCUCCUCAAAUCAAGGAUUUCUUACCUUACAUGGCAAAAGAAUAUGGUUUUGAGUAUGAAUUAGUCCAAUAUAAAUGGCCUAGAUGGCUUCAUCAACAAACUGAAAAGCAAAGAAUCAUCUGGGGCUACAAAAUAUUAUUUUUGGAUGUGUUGUUCCCCUUAGACGUAAAGAAGAUCAUUUUCGUGGAUGCAGAUCAGGUGGUUAGAACCGAUCUGAAAGAACUACACGACCUAGAUCUUGGUGGAGCCCCAUAUGGUUAUACACCAUUCUGCGAUUCAAGAAAAGAAAUGGACGGGUUCAGAUUUUGGAAACAUGGUUAUUGGAGGAACCACUUACAGGGGCGAAAAUACCACAUUUCUGCUCUUUACGUUGUGGACUUGAAAAGGUUCAGAAGGAUAGCAGCUGGAGAUAGACUAAGAGGGCAGUAUCAAGCUUUGAGUCAGGACCCGAAUAGUUUGUCUAAUUUGGACCAAGAUCUUCCGAAUAAUAUGAUCCAUCAAGUGGCUAUCAAGUCUUUGCCUCAAGAAUGGCUAUGGUGUGAAACUUGGUGUGAUGAUACGUCGAAAGAAAAAGCAAAAACAAUCGAUUUGUGCAAUAAUCCUAUGACUAAGGAAGCAAAAUUGACGGCAGCUGUUAGAAUUUUACCGGAGUGGAAAGAUUAUGAUGAAGAAAUAAGAAAGUUGCAAAAGAAAAUUGAUGCAGGAUUAUUUGAUUCUGAGGAACAUCACGAGCAAAGUGAGAAAGAUAAGGCAGAUGUACAUUCAGAAUUGUAGCUGUAAACUAAGAUGUAAAUUUUAUUUAUUACGUUUAUGUACAGAUUUUUCGUGAAUGAGUGAGAUUAUGUACACAUGUCAACAUUACAAUUCAAAAUAAAUUCCAUUUCUUAUA